GGGUCGGAGAGAGGAGGAGACUUUCGCAGACGCAUGUAGAAGGACAGGAGGAUCAGAGCCCGAGGCAGCGAAGGUGAAAUGAGCGCAAAAAGAAAAAGCUACUCCGUGGAGUACAAGAAAGGAAUCGUGGAAGACUCUUGGGGCCAAAAUCUUACUGCUUUCUGUAAAGAGAAGAUGUUGAGUAUCCGAUUGGUCCGAAAAUGGCGAGCAGAGUAUGGUAACCUCAUUGAACAAGUGGACAAGGGAAAUGCUAAAAAGCGCAAGUGUGGAUCGGGUCGGCAACCAUUAUUUUCCGAGCUGGAAGACCUGAUCUGUGAAUGGGUUGUUGACAGGAGAGCAAAGGCUUUGGUUGUGAAUAGGGCUCAGAUCCAAGAAUUUGCCCUUGCAAUGGCACCACAGUUUGACAUAGCCCCCGAAGACUUCAAAGCAUCACAACACUGGCUGGAUAAUUUCCUUCAGCGAAGUGAACUGUCUUUAAGAAGAUCCACAGCAUUGUUCAGGCUGGAAGAUACUCAAGUUACUACCGUAUCGUAUACAGGAUCAAGUCCAGAUCAAAGAUGCGAACCACUCCCGCUCAAACCAAGGUGGAAAGGACCCUACAUCAUCAUCCAGACCACACCCACGGCAGCAAAGGUAGGGCCUCACCAGGAUCCAUCACAGCAGGCUAAAGAGAGCUGUGAGGAGCAAAAACAAGUCCUGCCAACCCUGCAAGGUAACUUGAAGCAAUCGCCAUAUCCUGCUCCAGCCCCAUACUGGGAGCUGGCUGGUCAACGCAAGGCUGAAGCCUGAGGAAACUCCUCACGGGACUUGUCUUAAUUAGACUUUGGACUUUGGGAAAGUAGAAAGAAAAAAAAAAUUAAUUUGUGCACCCGCACCACUAAGAUAGAACUCUUUUACUAACCUAUUCCCAGGAAUGGAAGACUGGUUUACUAGGGUGUGAGGCAAUGUGCUUAGAUCUGUUCUUUUCUGUUUUUUCAUUCUCAUCCUAAUUUAUAGUCUUGUGUCCCUUUCAAACAUCUUAUUACUAAAUUACGAACCUGCUUGCUCUCCCCACACUUACCAACUCAGCUCUUAAUGGAUGAAACUUCUAGGAAAGUUCCAGACAAGGAGAAUGAAGGAGCUAAGGAAAUUUCACCCCAAAACACGAUUCUUUGGUAUAAAGAAUAUUUUAAAUUUAACGUCCUUUUUUGACCAGAAAGCUCCGGCCUCUCUAUAAAACCUGAGUAAGCUGAUUUAGAAUCGGAAAAGACUGCAGACCUCCUUAUCAUAUGCUAAUAGACCUGGUUCCAAGGUAAUUUAAAGCACAAUACCUUUCUUUCAGGUUAAUUUACAAAUCAAUCAGUUUCCAACCCAUCUACACUCCCCCUCCUAGCAACCACUUACUAAAUUGUAAUCUUGCCACAUUCUCCCCCCACCUUGCUUCCAAAAGGUAUCUGAUCAUCCCUGAAACUUGGGGAAUCAUUCUUGUGGUUCCCCCCAUCCUCAUAGUAUUUGGA